UUAGUUUCGCUUUAAGUAGAUAGAUUGCUUUGAUCAGAAGUUAAUAUGAAAGACUCAUAACAAAAUCUUCCAUAUAUUGCAUAUAAUGUCUGAUAGUUAAAGAAAAAUAUCAAUACAAACAUAUAAAAAAUGAUUUAAUAUUUUCAGCAGAAAUUAUAUUUGUGGGUCCAAAAGCACAUGUUUUUGUAUGCAAGCAUAUAAGCAAUUGAUCACAUAGUAUACACCUGAGCACAUUUUAAUCUAUAUCUAAAUUUAGAUAUCCAAGUUUUAUAGGUAUUCCCAAAGAACAACUUCAUCAAACGCUCCAUUUUGGGUCGGCCUGAAAGCUGCUUUCUGUUAAUAUUCGAGACCACGAACAAUGCUGAUAUUUACGAUGUUUUGGGGGAUGGGACCUGCCUAUUCGCUCUCAGCUGUACAGUAAGAAAUGUCUCAGCAAAGGAAAAAUCCGACAUAUCAAGAAGUAGACGGUUUUACCAUAAACAUAACAUUUUCGCCGGAAUGUGUACGAGGUGCUAUCCAAUAUAAACCUCGUGAUGAUGACAUAUUUGUCGUGACCUUUCCAAAAUGUGGAACUACUUGGACCCAACAUAUUGUACAUAAUAUUCUAAACAAGGGAGAAACAUUUAAAAGUUUCGAUGAUGUUCAAAAACGCAGUCCUUUCAUAGAAAUGGUGGGGCCUAAGAUUGUAAAAAAUAUGAUUCGUCCUGGAGCCAUUAAAACACACCUGCCGUUUCAUAUGUGCCCCUAUUCACCUAAUGCCAAAUACAUCUACGUUACUAGAAAUCCUAGAGACUGUUGUGUGUCCUUCUAUCAUCACACCAAAAUGUUUCCAGGAUAUCAGUUUCAAGGUGGAAGCUUCGACGACUUUUUCGAGGUCUUCAUCAAUGGCGAAACCGAAUGGGGAGAUUACUUUGAUCAUCUUCUUUCCGGGUACGAACACAAAAACGAUCCCAACGUCUGCUUUAUAACAUACGAAGAAAUGAAGGAGGACACCAAAGCUGCUGUUCUCAAAUUGGCCAAGUUUCUAGGUCCACAGUAUGGAGAUACAUUGGAGUCCGAUGAUGAAAUUAUGCUGAAGAUUCUCGAUCACACAAGCAUAAAAUUUAUGAAACGCUUUAAUGAAGAUAUGAAGUUAUUUUAUUCCAAUACAGAUGAAACUAAUUUGAAUGGAACAGAGUCUUUGAAAGUCGAUUUUGUACGAAAAGGAGCUGUUGGAGAUUGGAAAAAUUAUUUUUCUCCUGUCCAAUCAAAGCGAUUAAUGGAGAAAUUUUACACAAAGACGAAAGGGACAGAUAUUUUCAGCCUUUGGGAUAAAUUAUUUCAGGAUUAGAAUAUGAAUCGAUAUUUGGAAUAUGAUAGAAAUUAAAAUGAGAUGCAGCUUUAUGUAAAUAUUCUUUUAUUUUCCGUAAUAGGCAUCUAUAUUAAAAAUUAUGUAAAGAAAGUCUCAUAAAGAGCCUUGUUAAAGCUCACAUUAGUUAAACAGGUUGGCAAUAUCAUUUGGUUGUGUUUCAUACUAUUAGUUCCUGAUGAUUUAAUGUUACGUUAGCAGGCUUUUAAUAAACGUUAAAAUUUGGGGUUCAAUUUCUACUUUGGACACAGCAUCAGUAACCCAUUGUGCAGCAUAAUGCUUAAAAAUAAAUAUACUUUUUAUUAUUUAGUUAUUCGUAAAACGAUAGACAAUAAAAAAAAGACGGAAUAAUAGCUAUUAAUUUAAAAAAAUGCAAAAUAUGUUUUUUUUUCAUUAUCGGCCUCCAUGGGGUGAACUGUAUUAUUUCGACUUAUAAUACUAAAAUUUGGAAUUCGAUUAAGCACAAUUGACAAAGAGCAGGUGGUGUACCUAUGGUAUGACCCUGAAACAAGCAAAUGUUUUAUCGUAUUGUGAGAAUAUGAAAAUAAAAUAUGAACAGAU